GUCAUUGGGCGCACCUGAGGGCAUCAUAUCGCCGGUUGACUAGUGAGCGCUACAGCAUGUAUGGUUUAGUGACCGUGUUUAUUGUGAGCUGCACUUUGGCUGGACGUUUAAAUAAUUAAGAUUAGUGUUUCUGUCGUGUUCCGUUUUAAAUGAGUUUUAUUAGUUUGCGUGAAUGUUGUAAAGAUUGGUCAUAAUAAUGCAUAUCAUUAAGGUGGAUUUACUAUUUUUUUUUUAUUUUUUAUAAAUUGCUGAUCCCGGAGCACUUCUCCGGUCAGUCCCCCUCCGUUCGCAGUGCCCUUCCAUCAUCAGCAUGUCCGCGGUGAGGCUCUUCGGCCUGGGCGCGCUAGCCAUGCUCCUCGGCCUGGACUGCUUGGCCAGGCUGCUCCGGCUGGUGCGGGCGAGGCGCGGCGCCCCCCGAGGUCCGCUGAAGGAGGUCCUCUUUUUCCCCGUCGACAUCACCUGCGUGGAGCACCUCUUGCGAGCGGGCGAGGCGCUCCCCAACUCCUGCCCUUGCCCCCUCCCCCACGGCCAGGAGACCUCCUUCACUCGCCUGCUGAGGCACCUUCUCUCUGCCAGCACCUCCUUGGACCUGUGCAUCUUUGCCUUCUCCAACCAGUCGCUGAGUCGCGCCGUGCUGCUGCUGCAGGCCAGGGGGGUGGUGGUGCGCGUCGUCACCGAUACGAGCUACAUGGCCAUCAGCGGCUCCCAGAUCAGCACCCUCCGCAGGGCAGGAGUCAACGUGAGGCACGACAUGGGGGCGGUGUACAUGCACCACAAGUUUGCGGUGGUGGACGGCCGGCUGCUGAUCACCGGCUCCCUCAACUGGACCACGACGGCCAUCCAGUGCAACAAGGAGAACAUGCUGGUAACGGAGGAGCCUGAUCUGGUGCAGCCCUUCAUCAGGGAGUUCCAGCGGCUGUGGGACUCCAAUGACCCCGCCCGGCAUUGCCCCCAUGGCUAAACCUGUUUACGUACUUACUCACUGCCUCGCAUUACACGUCAUGUUUAUAAAACAUGCAAGCUAUAAUAUGUUGUUUUAUUUUUGUUGCUAUUACUUAUUAUUAUUCUCAUCCAUUUGCUUCAGCUCCAAAUUCUCUAUUCAAAGCCUUUGUUCCCUGUGUGCCUUUUUAAAAUUGUUUAUUUGGAAGAAUAAAGUGAUUAUGGGUGAGCAGAAA